CGAUUGUACCGCAGUUCAACAAUCUCACCGAACUUACUGUCCAACGAAAAGGAAACCGAAGUCAUCAUUUCAACUACCUUGAUUUCAGGACCAUUCUCAACAUCAGUCGAAAUGUCCACCACGUCACGAUCUCAGCCAGCAGAACCGGAGAGCGCGAAGCGCAAAGCCCCGAUCGGGCAAACCUCCUCCACACCAACAUUGACAUUCACCACGCGCAAUCCCCUCUGGACCUACCUCAAGCUCCAAUUAACGCAUCAGCCCCCGGUCUCACAGUCAACCCUCACCCAACCACUCGACCCUCUCACAGCGCGCACCUACCUCUCCGCCGCACUCAACCAAUUUCUCGGGCUUUCCGGCACGGCCAUCUCGAUUGAUAUACUGAAGAUCGACCCUCCCACCGGUACAAAUGCCAAGACAAUCUGGAUUCGAGUCCCCGCACCGGAUGCAUCAGCCGUCGUCGCGGCACUGAGUUCGUGGGUCGGGGGUGGCGGUUCGUCGGGCGACGCGAGUGGUGCUGGCAAUGUUGCCUGGCGGGUUUGUGCCAAGGGAAACUUUCUCCAGGCGCUGGUGAAUGGGUCCGGCGCAGAGAUGUUCGUGCCGUGAGUGUCUGGGCUCGGUAUAGCUUUCUUGACUUUGUUCACCUAAGGAGAGGUCUGAAACAUCGACUUGAUGUUGAACUUCGCAUACAAUGCGUUUCCUGCCGAAGUACUGCAGAAGCGUGCUCGGUGACUGAGGCAGCGGUCAUUCCGGUUACUGGAGCUGGAGUCGUGGUCUACACCAAUUGCUCGGCCAUCUCUGGGGUUUGCCUGAAUCUCAGACACACAGCGGUUCCGGCACGAAGCCUAACCUGUGGAUAUUGAAUGGUCUCGUGGUGGUUUUGUCGUAACUUCCAAGCAGCAGCUCUUCUUUUGUCGGACUCAGACUCGGCUCGAUCCAACAAUAGGCAAAGGGUUGUGGUGGAAGUUCGG